UGUCAAAGCUCAGCCUCCUGGAUGUAUAUAAAGAGGGGUUCAGAAAGAGGAGUAACGACAGGAACACAGCCCCGACAGAGACCCACCUCAUCAAAUCUAUCAAAGAGGAGAGGGAGACGAAACAACUUUCAAGAUGGGCGAUGCCCUUAUGGCAGAGUUUGGGGCUGCUGCUACCUUCCUGAGAAAGUCAGAUAAGGAGCGUCUGGAGGCCCAGACUCGCUCCUUUGACAUGAAGAGGCAAUGUUUUGUACCAGACCCUGAGGUGGAGUAUGUGAAAGCCACAGUCACCAGCAGAGAUGGCGACAAAGUCACCGUUGACACUGAGUUUGGAAAAACUGUAACCCAUAAGGAAGCUGAUAUCCACCCUCAGAACCCGCCAAAGUAUGAUAAAAUUGAGGAUAUGGCGAUGUUCACCUUCCUCCAUGAACCUGCUGUGCUGUUUAACCUCAAAGAGCGUUAUGCAGCAUGGAUGAUCUACACCUACUCAGGGCUGUUCUGUGUGACUGUCAACCCCUAUAAGAUGCUGCCAGUGUAUGAUAAGGCAGUGGUCAACGCCUACAGAGGAAAGAAGAGGAGUGAAGCUCCUCCUCACAUCUUCUCUAUUUCUGACAAUGCCUACCAGUACAUGCUGUCAGACAGAGAAAACCAGUCAGUUCUUAUCACUGGAGAAUCUGGUGCUGGAAAGACUGUGAACACCAAGAGAGUCAUCCAGUACUUUGCCAGCAUUGCAGCUGUUUCUGGCAAGAAGGAUGCUGCUCAGGAGAAAAAGGGCACCCUGGAGGAUCAAAUCAUCCAGGCAAAUCCUGCUCUUGAAGCCUUUGGAAACGCCAAGACCAUCAGAAAUGACAACUCCUCUAGAUUUGGUAAAUUCAUUCGAAUCCAUUUUGGAGUGAGUGGCAAAUUGUCCUCAGCUGAUAUUGAAACUUAUCUGCUGGAGAAAUCUCGUGUCACCUAUCAGCUCAAGGCUGAGAGAGACUACCACAUCUUCUACCAGAUUCUGUCCCAAAAGAAACCAGAACUGCUGGAAAUGCUGCUCAUCACCAACAACCCCUUCGACUACGCCUUCAUCUCCCAAGGAGAGACAACUGUAGCCUCCAUUGAUGAUGCAGACGAGCUGAUGGCUACUGAUGAAGCUUUUGAUGUUCUGGGCUUUACUCAAGAGGAGAAGAAUGGCAUUUAUAAGCUGACUGGUGCCAUUAUGCAUUAUGGAAACGUGAAGUUCAAAAAUAAGCAGAGGGAAGAGCAAGCAGAGUCUGAUGGGACAGAGGAUCUGGACAAAGUUGCAUAUCUGAUGGGCUUGAACUCUGCUGACCUCAUCAAGGGCCUGUGUCACCCAAGAGUAAAAGUAGGCAACGAGUGGGUCACCAAAGGUCAGAAUGUGCAGCAAGUGUACUACUCUGUUAGUGCACUGUCCAAGUCAGUGUACGAGAAAAUGUUCUUGUGGAUGGUGGUGAGAAUCAACCAAUCUUUGGACACCAAGCAACCUCGCCAGUACUUCAUUGGUGUGCUGGACAUUGCUGGAUUUGAGAUCUUUGAUUUCAACACCUUUGAGCAACUGUGCAUCAACUAUACUAAUGAGAAGCUGCAGCAGUUCUUCAACCACCACAUGUUUGUGCUGGAACAAGAAGAGUACAAGAAAGAGGGCAUUGUGUGGGUGUUCAUUGACUUUGGCAUGGACCUGGCAGCCUGCAUUGAACUCAUUGACAAGCCCAUGGGCAUCAUGUCCAUCCUUGAAGAGGAGUGCAUGUUCCCCAAAGCCAGUGACGCAACAUUUAAAGCCAAACUGUAUGACAACCAUCUGGGUAAAAGUCCCAACUUCCAAAAGCCCAGAAUUGUUAAGGGGAGACCAGAGGCUCAUUUUUCCCUGGCUCACUAUGCUGGUAUUGUUGAUUACAACAUCGGUAACUGGCUUGUGAAGAACAAGGACCCACUGAAUGAGACUGUGGUUGGACUGUUUCAAAAGUCCAACUUGAAGUUACUGGGCGUCCUGUUUGCUGGCUAUGCUGGUGCAGAGUCAGCCCAGGAUGCAGGAGGCAAGGGAGGAAAGGGAGCAAAAAAGAAAGGUUCUUCCUUCCAGACUGUGUCUGCACUGCACAGGGAGAACUUGAACAAACUGAUGACCAACUUGAGGUCAACUCACCCCCACUUUGUACGCUGCCUAAUCCCCAAUGAGACCAAGACUCCGGGAGCGAUGGAGAAUCCUCUGGUCAUGCACCAGCUGCGCUGUAAUGGUGUGCUGGAGGGCAUCAGAAUCUGCAGGAAGGGAUUCCCCAACAGGAUUCAGUAUGGAGACUUAAAACAAAGAUAUCGCAUCCUGAAUCCUAGUGCUAUCCCUGAGGGACAGUUCAUUGACAACAAGAAAGCAGCAGAAAAACUUUUGGGCUCUUUGGAUAUUGACCAUGAGCAGUAUAAACUGGGACACACAAAGGUGUUCUUCAAAGCUGGUCUGCUGGGUGCUCUUGAAGAGAUGAGAGAUGAUCGUCUUGCUCUCAUCAUCACUGGAAUUCAAGCGAGAGCCAGAGGACUACUCGCCAGGAUUGAGUUCCAGAAAAUUGUUGAGCGCAGGGAUGCCUUACUGGUGAUCCAAUGGAAUGUGCGUGCUUUCAUGGGUGUUAAGAAUUGGCCCUGGAUGAAGAUGUACUUCAAGAUCAAGCCUCUGCUGAAAUCAGCUGAAAAUGAGAAGGAGAUGGCAAAUAUGAAGGAAGAGUUCACAAAGCUGAAAGAGGCUUAUGCUAAAUCUGAGGCACGCAGGAAAGAGCUGGAGGAAAAAAUGGUCACCGUUCUCCAAGAGAAGAAUGACCUACAGCUUCAAGUCCAAUCUGAACAAGACAAUCUUACAGAUGCUGAGGAGCGCUGUGAGGGUCUGAUCAAGAGUAAGAUCCAGCUUGAGGCAAAAGCCAAAGAGCUGACAGAGAGGCUGGAAGAUGAAGAGGAGAUGAAUGCAGAUCUGACUGCCAAGAAGAGGAAGCUGGAGGAUGAAUGUUCAGAACUCAAGAAGGACAUUGAUGAUCUGGAGCUGACUCUGGCUAAAGUGGAAAAGGAAAAGCAUGCCACAGAGAACAAGGUUAAAAACCUGACUGAAGAGAUGGCAGCUUUGGAUGAAAUCAUUGCUAAGCUGACCAAAGAGAAAAAAGCUCUUCAGGAGGCUCAUCAGCAAACACUGGAUGACCUGCAGAGUGAGGAGGACAAAGUCAACACUCUGACCAAGGCCAAAGCCAAGCUGGAGCAGCAAGUUGAUGAUCUUGAAGGAUCAUUGGAGCAAGAGAAGAAAGUGAGGAUGGAUUUGGAAAGAGCCAAGAGAAAAUUGGAAGGGGACUUAAAGUUAACCCAAGAAAGUGUGAUGGAUCUGGAGAAUGACAAACAGCAGCUGGAGGAAAAACUCAAAAAGAAAGAUUUUGAAAUCAGCCAGCAGCUAAGUAAGAUUGAAGAUGAACAGGCCAUGAGUGCUCAACUCCAGAAGAAACUGAAGGAGUUGCAGGCUCGUAUUGAAGAGCUCGAGGAAGAGCUGGAAGCAGAGCGAGCUGCCAGAGCCAAGCUGGAGAAACACAGGGCUGACUUGGCCAGAGAGCUGGAGGAGAUCAGUGAGAGGCUGGAGGAGGCCGGAGGAGCCACUGCUGCCCAGAUCGAGAUGAACAAGAAGAGAGAAGCCGAGUUCCAGAAGAUGCGCAGAGACCUUGAAGAGGCCACUCUGCAGCAUGAAGCCACUGCUGCUACUCUGAGAAAGAAGAACGCAGACAGUGUGGCUGACCUGGGAGAGCAGAUUGACAACCUGCAAAGAGUCAAACAGAAGCUGGAGAAAGAGAAGAGCGAGCUCAGACUGGAGCUGGAUGAUGUGGUCUCCAACAUGGAGCAGAUCAUCAAAGUUAAAACCAACAUGGAGAAAAUGUGCCGCACGCUGGAGGAUCAAAUGACUGAAUACAAGACAAAAGCGGAGGAGGGCCAGCGUACCAUCAAUGACUUCUCAAUGCAAAAAGCAAAGCUUCAAACAGAAAAUGGUGAGUUUGCCAGGCAGCUGGAGGAGAAGGACUCCUUGGUCUCCCAGCUGACCAGAGGGAAGCAGUCCUACACUCAGCAGAUUGAAGACCUCAAGAGACAACUAGAAGAGGAAGUGAAGGCCAAGAAUGCACUUGCCCAUGCAGUGCAGUCUUCACGCCAUGACUGUGACUUGUUGAGGGAGCAAUAUGAGGAGGAGCAGGAGGCCAAAACUGAACUCCAACGCAGCAUGUCCAAGGCAAACUCUGAGGUGGCUCAGUGGAGAACAAAGUACGAAACUGAUGCCAUACAAAGGACAGAGGAGCUGGAAGAAGCAAAGAAAAAGCUAGCUCAACGCUUACAGGAUGCAGAAGAAACUGUUGAAGCUGGUAAUGCUAAAUGUUCCUCCCUGGAGAAAACCAAACACAGGCUUCAGGGUGAGAUUGAAGAUCUCAUGGUGGAUGUGGAGAGAUCAAAUGCUGCUGCUGCAGCUCUCGACAAGAGACAAAGAAACUUUGACAAGGUCCUUGCUGAGUGGAAGCAGAAAUAUGAGGAGUCCCAGACUGAGCUGGAAAGUGCUCAGAAAGAGGCUCGUUCUCUCAGCACUGAACUCUUCAAACUGAAGAACUCCUAUGAAGAAUCUCUGGAUCAUCUGGAGACCAUGAAACGAGAAAAUAAGAAUCUCCAAGAGGAAAUUUCUGACCUGACUGAGCAACUUGGCGAGGGAGGAAAGAGCAUCCACGAGCUGGAGAAGAUCCGUAAACAGCUGGAGCAGGAGAAGGCUGACAUACAAACUGCUCUGGAGGAAGCUGAGGGCUCUCUGGAGCAUGAGGAGAGUAAGAUCCUCAGAGCUCAACUCGAGUUAAACCAGGUGAAGGCUGACAUCGAGCGAAAGCUGGCUGAGAAGGAGGAGGAGUUGGAGCAGGCCAAGCGUAACCAUCAGAGAGUUGUGGACACUCUGCAGAGCUCUCUGGAGGCUGAGACGCGCAGCAGAAUUGAGGCUCUCAGAGUGAAGAAGAAGAUGGAAGGAGAUCUCAAUGAGAUGGAGAUCCAGCUGAACCAAGCCAACAGGCAGGCAGCAGAGGCUCAGAAACAGCUCAAGGGAGUCCAUACUCAUCUGAAGGACUCACAGCUGCAGCUGGAUGAUACUCUCCAUGCCAAUGAUGAUCUGAAGGAGAACAUUGCCAUUGUGGAGAGACGUAACAACCUGUUGCAGGCUGAACUUGAUGAGCUGAGGUCUGUGGUGGAGCAGACUGAAAGAGGUCGUAAACUUGCAGAGCAGGAACUGCUGGAUAUAAGUGAGAGAGUUCAGCUGCUGCAUUCUCAGAACACCAGCCUGCUGAACCAGAAGAAGAAGCUGGAGGGAGACACAGCUCAGCUUCAGAAUGAAGUGGAGGAGGCAGUGCAGGAGUGCAGAAAUGCUGAGGAGAAGGCGAAGAAGGCUGUGACUGAUGCUGCCAUGAUGGCAGAAGAGCUAAAGAAGGAGCAGGACACCAGCUCUCACCUGGAGCGUAUGAAGAAAAACAUGGAACAAACCAUCAAAGACCUGCAGCACCGUCUGGAUGAAGCUGAGCAAAUAGCCAUGAAAGGUGGCAAGAAGCAGAUCCAGAAGCUGGAGGCCAGGGUAAGAGAGUUGGAAACUGAGGUGGAUAUGGAACAAAAGAGAAGCAGUGACUCGGUGAAAGGUAUACGCAAGUAUGAGAGGCGCAUCAAAGAGCUCACCUACCAGACGGACGAGGAUAAAAAGAAUCUGAGCCGUCUGCAGGACCUGGUGGAUAAGCUGCAACUGAAAGUUAAAUCCUAUAAGCGAGCUACAGAGGAGGCUGAGGAACAGUCCAAUGCAAGUCUGGGAAAGUUGCGCAAGUUACAGCAUGAGCUCGAGGAAGCAGAAGAGAGGGCCGACAUUGCAGAGUCUCAGGUCAACAAGCUGAGAGCAAAGAGCCGUGACUCUGGUGCUAAGAAAGCACAUGACGAGGAGUGAAGCCUUUAACGUGAUCUUCAAAGAUGUAGUUAAAUUGUAGUACUUUAGUUUCUUUAUUCUCCAUGCAACAUGAGUGGAAUAAAGAAUACAUGCUGAUUGCA